GGCGAGUGAUCGCAUUGAAAUCGGCAGACCUAUUGUUAUUCUUCUUGUUCUGCUUGCUGGUGGAUCAUCAUCAUCCCAGCGAAUAUAAGCUGCAGUUUUGAAAAGGGGUAGGACACAGAGUAAGGGAGUUGGAGGAGCGAGUAAUAGGCAGCGUGGAGGGUAGCGCUGGCACACACGGAGCAGACUGACCACUUUCUGAGUUUCUUUCUCACCUUGCCAGCUCCUCCUCCUCCUUUUUUGAGCACUUGUUGUCACUGUGGGUGUAAGUGGAUCAACAGCUUGCAUGCACACACACCACAUAUAGCACACAACAUACGCAGACACAGACAUACACACACACAACAUACGCAGACACAGACAUGCAUACAUGGAUCAGAAGACAGACACCAGUUAAACAGAGAGCAGGGUACAGGGGGCAGGAAAGUCAUAGCCGUGACGUUUGGGGCUGCAGGUGAAUCGAUCAGUCUGCUCUUGCUAAAGCUAUGAAAAACCUACCGCCAAGGUGUACGGAGGUGGAGAUUUCCUUCAUCUGAACGUGCACCUGUGCAUUUACCGCUUUUCCAUUCAGGAGAUUAGGCAAUAGAAAGGGAGAUUUGGGUGUAGCUAGUUCCUGCAUUGGAGAUAGCUCGCUAGUCAGACAGGUAGGGGCGUCUGGGUUACAAACCAACAAGUGGGAGCGAACAAAUACAGAAUGGCAGCGACUGUGAGCUCGAUACUAAUCCCCUGUUCCAGCAACCAUCAAGCUGUUGUUCCGUCACUGGGUUGCAGCGAUGGGGGAGCACUAGAUGUUUCAUCUAGACUGUUAGCUUCCAGGGGUCAGGGAAGGUUUUCCCCUUUUGCAAAGGCAUGCUCAAAGUGUGUGGGAGGUGUGGGUGUCUGCUGGGUCAGAGAGAGAGAGGCGACGAGUAAAUGGUAUGGGCUGUCGCUUGCCUGCUCUUCUGGGCAGAAGAGAUUACGUGGUGGUGUGGAUCGCUGCCGCAGGAAGCGGAUGGGCGCUUCACGGUGUGAUAGUUGGGCAUCUUCUUUGUCCGACAGCAGGCGUGUGGGUCGACUGAUGCGCACAAGGGCUGGCAGUGUGGAAGUCGAAGAGACUAUCUUUACGUCGCAGGAGUUGUUGGAUGCUAACCCAUCCAAAGAGCAAACACCACCUCCGGAUGGUGGAGGAGCAGUAAUGGGGGAAGCGGAGGGAGUGGUGUUGCAGUUGGAAACAGGUAGUGAAUCUCAAGAGGAGGAUGGAAUUGAGAAUCAGACGGCUGCCACAGCAGUGGAAGAUCCCAAGACGAGUAGACCACGCCGAAGGUUCUUCCGCCAGGGAAAGGAAGGUGGGAAGCCAGGGUCAGGAUCAACAACUGCAAGGGAGAAGGUUAGCCGGCAAACGAUCGGCAACGUUCUGCGGAUUCUGAAAAACCUGCAAGAAGGGGAGGACUUUGAAGCUGCCCUUGGGGAGUGGAAAGCAGCAAUGACAGCGAAGGAUGUGUGUCUGGUCAUACGGGAUGGUCGGGUCCCUAUGGAAGCUAUGGCUAAAUUUGUGAGGUAUCUGACAGAAGCUGGAAAGCUGACAGGAAAUGUGUAUGCUCACAAUAUCUAUCUGAAUAGACUGGUUGAUGCCAAGAGACUGGAAGAGGCAGAGAAACUGGUGGAGGGAAUGAUUGCAGGUGAGAAUGAGGCCAACCCAACGGCAGUGACCUUUACGACGUUGAUUGAUGGUCUGCGAAAGGCAAAGAAGUUUGAAGAGGCACGGAAGUGGUACAUGAAGAUGAAGGAGUUGAAUGUGCCGAACACUGACGUAUCGAGGUUUGUAAUACUGAGGGCAUGUGGCGCUGGGGGAUGGGUUGACAUAGCUGAAAGUCUGUACGAAGAAAUGAAAGCAUCUGGUGAGAAAAUCAGUCUUCGGUCCUUCAAUGUUAUGGUCAAUUUAUACGGGAAGGCGGAGAGAGCAGAAGCUGCAGAGCGUGUGGUGGACGAGAUGAUUCAAAGGGGAGUCAAGCCGAGCGAGUUCACAUACAACAUGUUGAUCAGUUUGUGGAGGAAAGCCGGCGAUGUUGAGAGGGCCCUUGCCAUCUUUCAGAGAAUGAAGGAUGCAGGUGUGCACCCAAGCGACAUGACGUACAACACUGUUCUCAGCAUGUAUGUACGCCGGGGUAUGUUCACCGAUGGGGAGAAACUGAUGAAUGUCCUCUUAGGACAGGGUAGAGUGCUGGCGUACCCCACGUAUAGCUUGGGCAUCAACAUGUUUCGGUGGGCGCGAAAGUUUGACCGUGCGGUCGAUGUCUGGAACCACAUGCUUGAUAACGGAUGCAAGCCUGACAUGCCGGCUUAUGGGGCUAUUCUCGAGGCUUAUGCAAAGAUGGGUGCUGCAGAGGAGGCAGAAAAGCUCUGGAAGGAACUCCACGAUGAGGGCCACAAGGCAACGAGAUCGGCUUAUCGCGCAAUGCUUAUUGUGUAUGUGAGAGGUGGCAAUGCUGAGAAGGCCAAGAAGCUGUACGAGGAAAUGAAAGAGAAGGGACUGGAGCACGAUCAAAUUGCGUGCUUGGUCAUGAUGGGAAUGUAUGGACAACUGCGGGCUCUUGACAAAGCUGCAACCUUUUAUGAGAAGCUGCAGGCGGUAGGGGCCUUGAGGGAUCAUACGGUGCAGCAUGUGUUGUUGGACCUUGUUGGAAAGACGGACAAGAGGGGACUAACAAGCCAUGUCUUCCGGCAGUUGCAGGCGAUGGGUCGACCAACAGAGGAAGCAGUAUACACCCUUCUCAUUGACGUGUAUGGACGAGCUUCUCGGCAGUCUGAUGCGCAGGAGCUCUUUGCUGCACUCAAGCAGAGAGCUGUUGAUUCUAAUGGUGCUUGUGCUCCCAACUUGUUAACAUAUGCAUCAAUGAUCACAAUGUUCGGGCGGCUGCGAGACAUUGAGGGAGUUGAACGCAUGUGGAAGGACCUCAGCUCCAGUGGACUUGUGCCUGACCAAAAUGCGUAUCGUGCGUUGAUCGAUGCAUAUGGGAAAUCAGGGAUGACAGACGAAGCUCAAAAGUUUUCUGUUGAAAUGGAAGGAAAGGGCAUGCCAAGAUACGAGACAAACUUCAGGGGGAAGAGCCAGUUUGAGGAUGGGGAGGAGGAGAAUGAUGAGGAUGAUAAUAAUGAGGCGGAGGAAGAGGGUGGCAACGACUGGGAAAAUGAUGUUCAGGACCCUUAGGAAUGGGUGAGGAGGGGAAGGGGGGAAGGGGAGCGGUGAGGGGGGCACUUACUACUGUGGUAGAACCAGUCCACCUGGGCCAGAGUUACGACCUUCCAGAAAACUCUGACUGCUGUUACGGUGAUGAGUGAUAAGGCCUGUCCUUGUAAUCGCAAGCACUCCUCAAGCUUCUGCAGCUGUUAAACCACCACUACCUCCAAGGCUCUUUUUGCCGAGGCAGAGAAGAUCUGCACGCCAAGCUUUGCCGAAGCGCCAGCACGACUUAACCUUUGCCUAGUGGUGGUUUAAGCCUCCCUUUCUAACUCGAUAUUAUGUUAUCUGCUGCCCUCUUUCUUCCCAACCAUUAG